UCCAAGAUCGCGUUAUUGAAAAUACGUUGUGUAAGAUAAUGUAGAAGUUUACGCAUGUGAGGAAAGUUUCUGAUUGCCAUUGGGAGUGACCAGGAACGAUUCUUUUGCAUAUGACUCAAGCAGCUCACGACUUCCUGUUUUAGACCAAAUAUCCUCUGGGUAGUCAACAGACAUCCGUUUGAACGCGAGCUAAAGUGAAAAAGCGAAGCCCGCUCCUGCGGUUGUGAGAAGGACUUUGGUGACGACUACUGCAAACGUCUUAAGGAUCACGAUUUGAGGGCAUGCACCUGGAAUGUACGGAACCUUAAUUGGGAAGGUGCCUCUGCCCCGCAGCCCGCCACGAUGUCAAAAGGGUGGGUAAAAAAAAAAAAAAGGGUGGCACAACAGUUGGAAAAUUCAGCACGCAUGACGAAACAACGCCAAACGGCCUGAGGCUGAUCGACUUCGCUGGGGCCCGAAAUAUGGUUGACUGUAGUACCAGAUUCUAGCACAAAAAAAAUUCAUCAAGCUACGUGGCUGUCCCCAGAUCGAAACACGCGUAAUCAAAUCGAUCAUGUUGUGCGUACGCUCCGAAGACCACAUAUAGACUCGGACCAUUAUCUGGUUGCAGCGAAGAUACGCACCCGCCUCUGCGCAGCAAAGAACGCCCCUCAACAAACACAAGGAAGGUUCGACGUCGAAAAGCUGCAAUCGCAACAGACAGCCACGAUAUACUCUACUCGACUUGCACUCCUGCUAUCUGAGAGCACUCAUCAGCAUCUCGAUAUAAGGGAGCUGUGGAACGACAUCUCAAACUCAUUGAAUACCGCUGCAGCCGAAACAACUGGUCUCCGGCAUCGCCAAAAAAACAGUUGGUACGAUGAGAAUUGUCGUUCCGCAGGUGAGAGAAAACAGACUGUCUACUUCGCAACGUUGCGAUUGACCAUAACAGGUUCGGGGUGGUAUAGAUAUUGAGAGCUGAAGAGGGAAGCGAGACGCAUUUGCAGACGUAAAAAGAAAGAGGCCAAAAUGCAAGGCUUCAAGACCGGAGCAUUAUCAUGUAGGGAUCGAGGAGGUAAUCUGAUAACGGAUGUCCAGAGCAUACCGGGGUUAUGGAGGGAACACUGCUUCGUCCUGCUGAAUGGUGGUGAAAGUACAACACCAGGUGAUGGCGAACCCGACUCCCCAAUCGAUGACGAUGGAAUAGAUGUUCCAUUAUCCGAACAUGAAGAAAUUCGAAUAGCAAUUGCCUGCUUGAAGAACAACAAAGCGGAGGGGCCCGAUGGAUUACCGGCCGAGCUAUUCAAAUAUGGCGGCGAAGAACAACCGCGCCGUUAGUUCUGCCUUUUUCAGACUAGAUAAGGAAGCGAAGCGAAUGGGUCUGGGGGUGAAUGAGGACAAGACGAAAUAUCUCCUGUCAUCAAACAAACAGUCAACGCACACACUUUAAAGCUGUAGAUUGUUUCGUCUACUUGACAUUAACAACACCAACAAUGUCAGCCUCGAAUUCCAACGCAGAAUCGCUCUUGCCAACAGGUGCUACUUUGGACUGAGUAGGCAAUUGAAAAGUAAAGUCCUCUCUCGACGAACCAAAAUCAAACUCUACAAAUCGCUUAUCAUUCCCGUCCUGCUUUAUGGUGCAGAAGCUUGGACGAUGUCAACAUCAGAUGAGACGACACUAGGAGUUUUCGAUAGGAAAAUUUUGCGCAAGAUUUAUGGUCAUCAGAACGAUGAGCUGUACGUGUUAUACGACGACAUUGACAUAGUUCAGCGAGUAAAAAGUCAGCGGCUACGGUUAUGUUAUACGAAUGGAUGAAAACACCCCAGCUCUGAAAGUGUUCGAUGAAGUACCCGUUGCAAGAAGCGGCGGAAGAGGACGACCUCCACUCCGAUGGAAAGACCAGGAGUAAAAUAUAUGGGAUUAGAUUAUCGGUAGAAAGUGGGGAAUAAUGUACAAAUUUCUCUUUAGAUCUUUGAGAUAAAAAACCCACCAAAUGAAAGUAUUCUAACAAAUUUUUCCGUGCUCGUUUCAAAUUUUCAUCCUCAAAACAUUGAGAAUUUUAAUGCUAAAAUUGAGCUUAACGAUCUUAUAUACUAACAAUAUUGCCUUUAUGGUUUUAUUUCGUAAACUCUUGGGAAGUAGACGAGCUAAUGAGGGGAAGCCUCUCU